CCUCUCUCGGUACUGAGGAGACGCAGCAGCAGAGCUGGAGAGCUACAUUUCUGUCUAAAAAUCUAACUGCCUACAGCAGUUGAAGAAGGGAACUGCUAGUUAAGGCUAUUUUCAUUCAAGUGUUCAGGCACAUGAAUCGAAGAUUCCCCGCACCCUCCCUUGCUGAAUGAAGGAAGGAGAUCGGGAUUUAGGCUGUUAAAUCAAUCUGUCAGCUGGCAGCUCAAGAGCUGGAGUAAGUCACCUCUGCCUGACUUAGGCAGCGAAACAUUUACUUCAAGAGCAAAGAAGGAGAAAGUGCACUUUGCAUGCUUGUUCAAAAGAAGGUAUUUUAGCUCAGCAGUAAGACAGCAACUAUUUCUUCCAGAGACCCAGCUAGGAGGGGGAGAUGUUCCUAGACAAACUCUCAGCAAAUCCAAGGUCUGCUCCAGAUGCUUGAAUGCUAGGAAAGAAAGGCUGAGUUUUUUACUGACCAGAAUGACAGAUUCAGUUCAUUGUGGAAAAUGGAAAAGAGCCCAUUUGUUCUAACUCUUUAAUCUUUAAUCGCUGACACUCAUCAUUUUGGAGAGUGGAGAUCAUCAACCAUAUUAGCAAGAGAUAAAACAAGCUUGCCAGAUCACCUAGGAAUAAAUCACCCACAAUGUACUAAGCUGGCAGAAAGUUCACUUGCGUUGUUCAGAAAGGAAAGCCUGCGUAGAGCUAAGCCUGAUAGCUACUCAGAUCUAUCAGUUCUAGAAGAGGACUAAAGCAUUUUCACCUGAAGAGAGCUGAGCAAAUUAAAACUCUGAGACAGCAUAAGGAGGUAUAAAUAAAAAACAAUCUCUAACAGGGGCAUGUGAGAAAUGACUUCCAAAGGUUCCUAUAAAACAAUUUGCUUAACUCAAGUGGAGCGAAGAUCUCACAACCAACACAGUUGUGCUUUCUCUACAGAACUCCCAUUAGAAUUCAUCCCACUUGCAGCUGUGAAUCCCCUUUCUGGAUUUUCUUCAUUAAAUGGGUGAAGUGAUGCAACAUUUUAACAGAGAAUAGAGAAAAUGGACAAAACCUGAGAGUGCGCAAUGACUGAUAACUUUAAAUACCGUGGGAAUCUUACAGGCCGUCUCUACUUUCCAACCCAGGCUCCAGAAGACGACACAGCGGCAGAUAAAUAUGCCAAUCUGUAUCUGUAUGUUGGAUUGUUUGUGACUCUCCUGGCAAUCAUUCUUGUACUAAUCUUCACUAUGCUCUUUCGCCUGAAGCACGUUAUUGCCCCAAUGACCACCCCAACAGAAAGCACACAGACUGUACAGGAGUUUACAAAUGUUGAAAUGAUAGGCAGGAUUCCUAGCACUCGGUGAGACAGAAGCAAGAGAUGUGUGGAUCAGGAAACACCUUUUGUUUGGCAAAAUAUGCAUGUCCUUUGUGGGGAGGGGGCUCCACCUGCUCCCUCUGCUCUACACUGUACUGUGUAUGGAUCAAACAUAUUCAGCAUCUAAGGCAAUAUCAUUUGACUGACUUGUGAAUUAACAGUCGUAAGAUAUACGAUAGACUUAGGCCCCUGAAGACUGCAAGCAAGAUGUGCUUAGAGAUUUGGUUUCUAUGUGACAAUGGAGCACAUGUCCUAAAUAAAAUCUAUACUGCAGAAGCUUAACUGCUCUCAGGGGAAACUCAGCUCCUCCUGAAAAGACUUCAUGCAAACAAUAAAAGCUACUAUAAUGGCAGCCAAAAAAACUUACAAGAAUGUUUUCUGAAAGAUGUAUUUGCUGAGUUAUCUUCCCUUCUAUUAUUGGAGCAAAUUCCGUGCCUGAUAAGAGACUUGACUCAAAGUUAAUUUGUGGCACAGGCUUGAAGAGCCCACAGGGCGCACACAAAAAAUGAACAGUGGUGUGAAAAUCCCUAGACAUCCAUCGCAUUCAAGAAGGAAAAUCUUAAAUGGUGUCUUUUCCACUUGGAAUAGCACAUUUGCAAAAUGCAAUUUUGCAAAUAUACAAGUGUUCCUGUUAAAAGGCCAAUAUGCGUCAUAUGUUAGGGCUGUUACUUUCAGACAUUAAGAAUCGAACAGUGAAUAGUGCAUUCCAAUUAUCAGAAAGAAGUAGUGCAUUCAGAAUGAAGGAAAAUAAAAGAUAAAGGUGCGUGUAUGAAACAAGCAGCAUGAGUCAUAUUCAGCAGAUACACUGCCUCUGACCCUGCCUUUCCUUUGCAGGAAUUGCGUUCCCGACAACUAGGUUCAUUUCUUUCAGCUUUUCUAGUAUCACUCAAUUAAAGUACCAGUUAAUGUUAGCAAAUUAAGUGGACAUUGUCAACAGUGAUAGGUCCAAAUUCAGAACAACUUUUUCUGUCAUCUCCAUGUAGGUUUUUUCCUCAGAAACACACCAAAAUUUUCAAUACUUUUCUCCCAAGGAUAAGGGCUAAAGAAGAAGGGGAAGGGAAAAGAAUGCCAGGACCCACACUGCAAUAAUAAAUCAGCAUGCACAGCUCUGUACUCUGAAAUGAUCCUGAAUGACCAACUAGUGUGCACACAAAAUGAAAGGAGCACUGAAAUUGGAGAGCAAGAUUCCAACUGAACAACUGGAACAGUGAGGGAAAAAAAUCUAAAAAUAUGAAACAAUAUGCUGGGAAUGUCCUUUUAAUGUCUCUCUAUGUAAACAUACAGUACCAUAUGUAAAAAAAUGAUUUUCUUCACGUGAAUCAGAAAGAUGACAACCAAAUACAGCAUAUCACUUCUGUUGGUCCACUAUCUCUUGUAACAAGACUUUAGGGGUGGAAUAAUUUUAAACUCGUAUGUACUGUGCAGGUGCUUCCCCAUGGAUUUUAACUAGCACAGCCUUAACCUCUUUUGCUCCUGUCUAAAUCUAGCCUAGUAAUAAAGCUCCCUGAUGCUUUCCACUUUAUAUACAAUCAUUUGCCAACUCUUUUCCCUCCAAGGGCCUGGAAAGUGCAAACUCCACACACACAAGCAGCUAAAAUUAGCAAUGAUCCUGACUCCACAAACCUUAACAAGAACUAGUUCUUCCAAUGAUUCAGGUAUUGUAUUUUCUUUCCCUUAUGGGGCUGUUGUUCAGUGGGUUGUUUUUUAUUAAGGAGUCUAGCUUCUUUAUCUAUGGGGAAGAACAAGAGGCUAAAACUACACUGGUCAUGACCUGUCCACAGGAAGGAUUAACAUUAUUGUCGCCGCUAUUGUAACUGGAUGAUUGUUUAAAGACUCUCCAUAUAAAAUAGCACCUUUUGUACUCAACAUACUACAGAAGAUGCAGGCUCAACAUGGAAAACAGUUAGUAUAGUAACUAUGUAAGUAAAUAUAACAUUCAGUAUACUCUCAGCAAUAUCUCCUCCACAGCCUUGGACGUUAGAAUGUACUUGCCUGGAAGAGAAAUGUAGACCAGGUCACAGAUUAUCCUGUGCUCUGUACUAUGAGAUCAUCACUAGAUCAUCUACUAGACAAGAUCUUGACUUAACAGCACCUCUGAAGGAUGGGACUUGCCCUGUUGUCGUGCUGCUGCAUCCACACUGGACAGGCAUCCUGACUGUACUUGUAGGAUUUAAACCUCAGAUUGCUACUAGCUGAGCCAGGCUGUCAUGUAUGUUUAACAAUGUAAAAAUAGGCUUACUCGAUACAGUUUUAUUCAGCAGCAAGAGCACAGAAUACCGAUUAAAAUAUGUAUUUACCCAGUGCAAUUGUAAGUCUACUGCCAUCUUUUCUCUGACCUUUUUAAAAGUGUACAAGAGAAGUUGGAUUCUUACCACUCCUCUACCCAAUUAAUAGCCUCUGAGACAAUCACAACCACCCAUAGGAGGAAAAGUUUUACUGCCUAGAAACAGAUGGAGCUGUAGAUAUGUCUAUUUAAUGAAGAUAUUUUUGUACAAAUUACAAUAACAAAUUGAUUUGGGGCCCAAUACGGAUAGCAAUUAAUUUAGUAGCAGAUUGGGGUCCUUCAUUUUUCUGUUAAAGUAUUUUAAUUCAAAAAAGUACUCUUUCAAACAUGGAUUUAAAAAUGUUAUUGUAAAUGAAAAGUUGAACCAUUUAUAUUUAAUCAUAUAUUAUAUUUGGGCAGAUAAUAUAUUUCUAUACAGUACUGCCAGGAAAGGCAGACAGAGCUGUCAACAUAUAGUACUUUUCCCUUCCAAAGUUUUUUGACUCCCUUAUAGGCUAUGCCUACACUGCAGCUUAUUUCUGGGAUAAAAAUUAUUCUGCGUCCAAGGAACACAUCCGCUUUUCUGAAAAAUAUUUCAAAAAAGCGGACGCUUUCUUUCGCCAUCCCUGUAAACCACGUUGUACGAGGAAGAAGGGAUGUUCCAAAAGAGGAGGUUUUUCUGAAAUCUGGCUCCAUGGUGCCAAAUUUUGGAAAAGCCUCUUCCAAUAGAAAAGCAGAGAAAGAUACACAAAUUGUGGUUCGUGAUUUGAGUACUUUUUCCAACUUUUCUUUGUAGUGUAGACACAGCCUCAGAUAGCAAGUAGCUACUCAGCACAAUAUGCCCUAUACCCUUGAAUGCUCCGUCAAUAGGCUAUUUCCAUAAAAUCUAGAUAUAUAUUUUUGUUAGAACAUAUUCAUACUGUAUGUACUGCUUUGUCUUUUUCAAGGUUAAGAAAUGUUAAAGCCUACAUUUCUCAAAGAAACAA